AUGAAUGUAACUUCUCCAAAAGACGAGAGUCAUAGAUUCUCUAAGAAAAAAAGAUUAAGUACGAGUGGAUCACGAUUCCACAAACUGAAUGGGCAUUCACAAGAUAUAAGCACAUCCGAAGACCGCGAUUCAAUUGUUUCAAGUAACAYAACUUCAAUAAUGACUGAUGAUGUGUCCGACUACGAUGGUGGCGGAAAAUCGCAUACCAAUAAUUCAGAUUCCGAUAGUGACGGGAACAACCAUACCUUAAAAGAGCAAACCCGUAACAAAAGGGGCAGUGACCACAAUCCUUUUCACAGUGGCUCUGGUAUUUACCAACGGUAUACGCAAUUCACCAAAAAAAGAGAAUUUCAACCAACGUUUGCAGAAAACGAAAACGUGAGGCACCUGCCGAAUGAUGACCAUGCAAAGAGUGAUGAAGACGAUAAUAUCGAAAACGAACUUCAAUUUACACCAAGGAUCAAAGAACCCAGUAUACUCCGAUCAAGUUUGUUAAAACAAAGAAACGAAUCGUAUACGCAUAAUCCCGUACCGAAUGAACCGAAGAUUAAAUUUAAACCAACCGCCAAUAACAAAAGCACCUCACAGAGAAAAUCCAGUGCAGUGCUCCGUAAACAGCUGGGGAAACCAUUGCCGUUGCCUUAUUUGAACGGUUCCAGUGGCAUUACAACGUCUGCGUUGCAUAGAGACGAAGAAUCAUUUACAGACGAAGUAGUUCAGAAGAAAAAAGAACUGAUAGCAUCCAAAUGGCACAGACUCCUCUUACAUGACAAAAAAAUGGUGGAAAAGAAGCUGGAGGGGUUGCGAGAGUAUGAACGAAAAAGAAUACCGACACAGGGGAGUGGUGUGUCUAAUCGUUACCAAGACAAUUCGUUCAAAGUAUCGACGCCAACAAAGUCAUAUAUGUCUUUGAAUAGCACCUCGCUACCCCAUAUCACUGAUAUAGAGACCCCCAUUAAUAUCUUCGAGGAUGAAGGUAAAAUGGAAGCAAAUAAAAAUGUUUUACACUUUCAAGAGCAAGGGCAGCUGACUUCGUUUCAGAAAUUACAGUCUGAGAUUGAAACAAACACAAGGAAACUUGAUAUGAUUAUAGAUUUGUUGAAGGACGAUACAGUCGGAAGGGAGGAAAAAAAAGUGGCGGAUCACGGCAAUGUAACUUUGGGACCGGAAAGUGACAAAGGGUGGUGGGAUAGCAUGAUGAUGAUGUGUAAAGAACUAAGAAAUAUUAUCAAAAAAUACAAGGAAUAUUUCCUAUGGACAAUCUGUAUUUUAAUUUUGUUGUACUGCAACAUAUAUGUGUAUUAUAAAUUCUAA